AUGGGUAAUGUUAAUAGUGCGGAAGAUCCAUAUGGCUAUGGCUAUGGCUAUGGCUAUGGUGGAUACGGUGGAGCAUACAAUGGCUAUAACAAUGAGCUCGAGAGAUAUUGCAGAAGAUACCAGCAAUACAGUGCCUAUUACACACCGCAAUAUGCUCAGCCAAAUUACUACAGUGCUUACCAACAGCAGCAAUUAUAUCCAGCCAUGGCUACAGGUUACGCAUCUACACCCUACGCUACGGCGUACGGCAAUUAUACAAUGCCCACUUAUGCUUAUAAUACACCGGUGUAUUCUUCCAUGUACAACAGUGCACCUCUCUAUGGGCAAGCAUACAGCAAUGGCUACUAUCCAGCAAACUAUUUACAACGAACCUACAUUUAA